AUGAUUUGUUUACGGCAUUUCCGCUCCGCCCGUCAAAACACCUCCGACGCCCUCAGCUGCCGUCUUCUUGACAUAAACAUCACUCCCUCGCCCUACUCGCCGGUGCCAUUACUUCUAGCCCGCCCAUCUCUCUUCUCUCUUUUUUUUGAUACUCUUUGCUGCAUUCGUCUUUGCAUCUUUCUUUGGGCUGAGGCACCUGUUACCCCCUCGAGCAUAACCUUUGGUUCCAUUUCUCGUCGCCAGCAUUCCAAUCGCGCUGUUGUGACCCUACCUCAUCUCUUCCUCUACCCAAAAGAAUAG